AUGGAGUUCGUGCAAAACCUGUCCUAUCCCACCAUCGACCGCCCCUUUGGCGUCCACCUAUGGCCUCUCUUUGACAAGGCCUUUGAAGUCGUGGUGGGCUAUCCUGCCAGCGAAUUCGAUUUCGUUGAGGGUGUAACCCCCAUGUCGACUUUCAAGCAGACCGCAAUUAUGCUGGUUACCUACUAUGUCAUCAUUUUUGGCGGCAGGGAGGUCAUGAAGAGCCGUGAUGCCUUCAAGCUCAGCUUCCUCUUUAAGAUCCACAAUUUCUUCUUAACGGCAGUCAGCGCCAUUCUGCUGGCCCUGUUUGUUGAACAGCUUCUGCCUACUCUGGUGAGGGAUGGUGUUUUCUACUCCAUUUGUGACCACCGUGGAGGAUGGACACAGCCCCUGAUUGUUUUGUACUAUCUGAACUACCUCAACAAGUACCUUGAAUUCCUCGAUACCGUCUUCCUUUUCCUAAAGAAGAAGCCCCUGACCUUCCUUCACACCUACCACCACGGUGCCACCGCUCUCCUGUGCUAUACCCAGCUGAUUGGUCUGACUGCUGUCCAAUGGGUUCCCAUCACCAUUAACCUUCUGGUGCACGUGGUCAUGUACUGGUACUAUUUCCAGAGCGCUCGUGGUAUCCGUAUCUGGUGGAAGGAAUGGAUCACUCGUCUCCAGAUCAUUCAAUUCGUCAUUGAUCUUGGUUUCGUCUACUUCGCUUCCUACACCUACUUCUCUUCCACUUACUUCCCAUGGGCUCCUAACAUGGGCAAUUGCGCUGGCGAGGAGUUUGCCGCUUUCGCCGGCAUGGCCAUUCUGAGCUCCUACCUCGUCCUGUUCAUUUCCUUCUACAUCGCCACCUACAAGAAGGCCUCCAAGGGUGGUCGCCCCCGUCGCAACACUGGCAAGCAGGCCGUCAUUGAUAUGGCAAGAUUCGAAGUGGCACCCGCUACUCCCGCCGCCAAUGGCAGCGCCAAGUCGAACGGAACUGCUGUCUCUACUGCCCGGUCCAAUGGCCCUGUCACUCGCUCCCGCAAGGCCUAG